AUGAAGUCUGAAAGUGUUUCUCAACAAGAUGAGACUGUUCAAAAUGAAGAAGUUAAAAUUGUUGCUGAGGAGAUUAGUAAAGCUGAGAAAGUGACUGAAGUUGAAAAGGUUGUUGAAUCUGAAAAGAUUAUUGAACUACACGAUCUUACACAUUUUACACACAUCACCACCCACCAUCGCAAACCACCGCCACCCCGACCACUACCGCCACCCUCCGCCGACAACCACCACCAUCCUCUGCUUCCACCACCCGCUACCGUCGACCACCACCACCCACCGUCGUCAACGCCACAAUCGUCACCACCCUCCACCGACCACUACCACCAUCCUCCGCCGACCACCACCACCAUCCUCCGCCGCCACCACCCGCUACCGUCGACCACCACCAGUGACCACCAUCGCCACCACUCGCCACCGCAGACCACCGCCAACCCCGACCAUCGUCGUCGCCACCGCUAA